GCGGGGUGCACCCGAGAAGGAGGCGGGCUCCUUGCGGGGCCCAGAAGCAAGCAGACUAGAGAGCGGAAAAAAAAGACCACGACGUUCGCUAUGAUGGAAGCCAGUCUUCAUUCUGAGGGAAAUGGGCACGCCGACACUCCCCAGUCCUCACCCCUGUCUCCCCCUUCCAUACCCGUCCCCGUCCCCUCCUCAAGACCGGGCAGACCCAAACCACCACCUCCGACCGUGAAGACCUCACUGCUUCCUUCUCGGCCUCCUCCACCGCCCUUCUCGCUCCCUCUGGCCUCCAAACCCACCUCCCCACUGCCCUCUUAUCCACCUUCUCCAUCUCCAUCUUCUCUCCCGCCACCUCUCUCCCCUAAACCCUGUUCUGUGUCUCCCUCCACUUUCAUCCUCCCCGAGCCCCCCCCCUCUUUUGUUCCGCCUCCUCCACGCUCCCCCCAAGCUUUGUCUCCAUCCCUCUCCUCGUGCCCAAAUAUCCCUACGCUCAUCCUACCACCCUCUCCCACACCUCCAGUGCUGAGCUUCAGAGAUCGGCUGGUAGAAAGCACGUCCGUGUGGUUGACCAGAGGACUGAGCCGAGAACAGAUUGGAUGCAUCCUGGAAAAGGAGACUGCAGGGGCGUUCCUGGUCCAGAGCACCGAGGACCAAAAUAUGACACUGUCAGUGCGUGUACCAGAGAACCAGGACGCGUCUCCUGUACAAAACCUGAAUAUCCAAGAGUACAAAACAUUUCUUCACUUAGAUGGUUCGUCUCUUGUUUUUGACGACAUCUACAAGCUGGUCUCCUUCUACUGUGUCAGCAGGGACAUCCUGGCGGCACCACUCAAUCUGCCCCAAGCCAUUACCUUGGCAAAACAGAGAGAGGACCUGGAGGUGAUUUCUGCUCUGGGCACAGACUUCUGGACAUCGGCUAUGAAUGAGAAGACUCAGGGCCAGAACUUGUCUUUGGAUCAAAGCCACAACAAUUACUUGUAUAUUAACCCAAUCGCUUUGGAGGAGAAAUCCAACAAGAAGUCCAAAGACUUUGCCGAUUCCACAGAGAAGAUCAAAACACCUCAAAGCAUCAUAAGCUCUUUGCGUAACGGAAAUAGUAGAAUGAAGGAAACCCUGGAGGGUAAGGGCCAGAUUAAGAUUCUGCCUCGAGACUCAAAAGUCUUACGAGCCCCUCCCAGGCCCCCGAGCUCGGGUUUAGGCCCUGUGAUGGGUCUCCUCUUCUCACCACUGCCCCUGGACAGAAUGGAGGAAGAAAUAGUGGAGGCACAGGACAAAGAAGGGAGUAAGUCACCUCCUCCAUUAAGGCCCCCUGCUCCUCUCCGGCCCAACUCCUCCAGGAAUAGUUCUGAUGGAACAGAGAAGGAACCAAAACCUCUAAUAGGAACCAAACCAGAAGGAUUGAGAGAGGAAGAGAAUACACUGCUGGAUGAAGCGUGGAACAACAAAUAUCAAGAGGUGGCUCAACAAUUUAGCCCUCAGCCUUUAGUGAAGAGACCGUCUCCACCAGUACCUCAGCCAAGGAAAAAACCAUCCGUUUUUGAGAGUGCCAAUCAGACUACUGGGAUGAGAGUAGGCCCUCCCACCCUGGCCAGCCGGCCAGACGUGUCACCGUACUCUCCUCAAGGGGCCACUGUGUUUGGAACUGAUCUGGACUCGGGCUCUAAUAGCAGCACAGAAGAAGAAGAUCUGAACCAGUCACAAGAUAAAAACUCGAAUAACACGUCAGAGAGUCGUCAGAGCAAAGUAAAGAGAACACCAACACCCACCUUCAUGUUGGACAGAGCUCGUACUCGCCUGUCCAUGGUUUUAACUGGCCUCAUCAGUCACGACCGUCGCCUCUCACAACGCAUUGUGGAGCUGGCCAGGAACCCUUUGAGCUAUUUUGGUAACCUGGUGAACGAUCACAGAACAUUCACCCUCGAGACCAUGUCCAACCACUCCACGUCGAGUGAGCUGUUACAGGAGAUAAGGCAGAUGAUGACACAGCUGAAGAGUUACCUGCUCCAGAGUACCGAACUGGAAACCAUGAUGGACCCACAGCAUCAAUGUUCAAAAGAAAAACUGGAGAGCAUCGUUGAAGCAGCCCUAUGUAAAAGCGUCCUGAAGCCACUGAGGGAGCCUAUUUACGAGAACCUGGAAAGACUGCAAUUCAGCAAUGGUAGCCUUAAGCAAAUGGCACAGAAACAGUCUGUAGUUCUCGGCAGUACCACCACGGCCCUAGGAGUUACCACCGCGGUCCCGGAAACCUCGGCAAUGGAGAAGAUUAGCAUCAAAUUCAGUAAUCUCCAUCUUGAGUACUCUCCUCAAAAGAAGAUUGAACUCCUGCUAAAGGCCUGCAAGAUCAUCUACGACUCGAUGUCUGUCAGCUCUCCAGGGCGGGCCCACGGAGCUGACGACUUCCUGCCUGUAAUGAUGUAUGUCCUGGGGAGAUCUAAUCUGGCAGCCUUGAUGCUGGAUGUGGAAUACAUGAUGGAGUUGAUGGACCCCGCACUAACAAUAGGAGAAGGUUCCUAUUAUUUGACCACCACCUACGGGGCUCUGGAGCACAUUAAGGAGUUUGACCAACAGAAGUCAGCGCCACGGCAGCUCAGUCGAGAGGUUCAGGACUCCAUCCAGCGUUGGGAGAGACGACGCACAGUCAACCUGGAGGGUUUAGCUCCAAACCCUGUUCAGGAGUUUUUGACCGUCUUCUCUCCUGAAAUUGGACGGAACCCCAAGACCUUCGCCGUCCUUCCCACCACCAGCGUGCAGCAGCUGGCUGAAGAAUGUUCUGCACGCUUCCAACAAGACUCCUACAUACUCAGCGUCCACGUGGACGGUGUCCUUCGGUCCCCGGCCAACACGGAGCUGGCCCUGGCCGUGAAGAACCAGGGCUUCAUCUACCACCCCGCCGACCAAUCAGACAAGCCUUCAGUCCGCACCUGCCCCACAGGUCCGCCCCCUCGACCUCCCACUCUCAGCAACUUGAAAAACAUUCCAGACAAUCGGGAAGCGGAAGAAAGUCUCAUCUACUGGUAAAUGCCGUCACAACUUCAGGGGAACUGGAAUUGGUGCUUGUCGUUCACAAUCCUUAUGAGAGACAAGAUGUCUGUUUGUUUUUAUGCAAUGUAACACGUAAAUAAAAGACCAUUGAAUGUA